AUGACCUCCUUAAUCUCUUUCCCUAGUUCUUUUCUCGAAGAAACCUUUAUCUCGCCAACUGUCGCCGCAGAGGAUGCGCAAAGAUUUUUCGAACAGCAUGGGAUUUUCUAUGCUCCAGAUCCAGAUAUUGGGAAGCUUGUGGCAACAUUAGGCAGCGAAGCUGUUCACGGGAAAGUUCGUAUGGAACGUUUUCCUAUACGCGACUCGCGCCUUCGAGCCAUCAUCGGGCCAUUUACCGAAUCAUUUUGUUUCACUCUUGGCCCUGAUCCUAAAUCAUUCUAUGCGUCGACAAUAACAGAUAAGGCAGACCACCGCAUUAUCGUCUACAUGUGGGGUAGGGGAUCACACUGCGAGUUUUCUGAAGGAUCUCACAUCGGCGAGCUAAAGGGAGCCCUGGCAUCAAAUGGUUUAGUCCAGGUCCCAUAUUCCUGGCUAAAGAAGAGAAACUUGCCAGACAGAACGAUUAAAUUUGAGGAUGGUGGAAUGUAA